AUGCAGUUUGCAAUCUGGCUGGUUGGACUAAUGUGUCAUCUGUCAGUACUCGUCCGGGAGAGCCUGCAACACCGACUGCAUCCGAAGCAAGAAAGCUUCAUCAAGCAGCUGUCAUCGUAUGAAAUCAUCACCCCGCUCCGUGUGAAUGACUUCGGCGAGUCGUUCCCCCACAAAUUGCACUACAGGAGGAGACGGAGGAGUUUAAAUGACGACCUGUCGGGUUUGCGGGUUCACUACAGGAUUGAUGCGUUCGGGGAGCGCUUUCAUCUCAAUCUAACCGCGGACUCCGGCUUCAUCGCCCCCUCGUACUCAGUGACACACUUAGGAGCGGAGCAGAGCAACGACACGGACUCCCACUUCCACGACCCGAGCGAUAUGCGCCACUGCUUUUUCCGCGGACACGUCAACACCAAGAGCAAGCACCCUGCUGUGUUCAGCCUGUGCACCGGCCUGAUUGGAACUUUUACGACACAACACGGUGAAUACUUCUUGGAGCCUCUUUUAAAUGCUGUGGGGGACGAAUAUGAUGAAGAACACAACAAACCUCAUCUUGUCUAUCGACAUGAGAGGAAAAGGAACAUCUCGAACACUGACAACAACGUGGAGCCCUGUGCUGCCUCAGAGAGCUCCAAGAAGCCAAUGUCUUUUGAGAGCAGAGGGAAUAUGGGAGAGGAGCUGGACUCUCUCAGAGCCACAAUAGAUGAUCAGCACAUUUAUGAAGACAACUCCACCAGCUCGCACUCCAGAUCUCCACGCAGACACAAGCGUUUCCUCUCCUAUCCUCGUUAUGUUGAGCUUAUGGUGACAGCGGACGCCAAAAUGGUGCGUCACCAUGGACGCAACCUGGAGCACUACAUCCUAACAAUCAUGUCAGUAGUAGCAGCAGUGUACAGGGACCCCAGCGUAGGAAACCUCAUCAACAUCAUGAUUGUCAAGCUGGUCGUCAUCCACAAUGAACAGGAAGGGCCCACAGUGAGCUUCAACGCUGCCACCACUCUCCACAACUUCUGUGUGUGGCAGCAGAGUCAAAACAUCCAGGACGACAACCAUCCUUCACACCAUGACACCGCACUCCUCAUUACCAGGGAAGACAUCUGCCGUGCGAAGGACAAAUGCGACACGUUAGGGCUCGCAGAGCUGGGGACAAUGUGCGACCCUUACCGGAGCUGCUCCAUCAGUGAGGAAAAUGGAAUUAGCGCCUCCUUCACCAUCGCUCAUGAGUUGGGCCAUGUGUUCAACAUGCCUCAUGAUGACAACCCCAAGUGCCGGGAGGCAGGCAUGAAGCACCAGUAUCACGUCAUGGCUCCGACCCUCAACUACGACACCAACCCCUGGUCGUGGUCCAAGUGCAGUCGGAAGUACAUCACAGAGUUUCUAGACACUGGCUAUGGAGAGUGCCUCCUUGAUGAGCCUGCAGGCAGAACAUAUGAGCUGCCCACCCUCCUUCCUGGUCAGAUGUACAAUGCCAACAGACAGUGUGAACUGAUGUUUGGUCCUGGUUCCCAAAUUUGUCCAUACAUGAAACAAUGCAAGAGGCUGUGGUGUACGAGUGCAGAAGGGGAUCAUAAAGGCUGUCGCACCCAGCACAUGCCACUGGCAGAUGGGACUGACUGUGGACAUGGAAUGUAUUGCAGACAUGGAAUGUGUGUAAACAAGGAGUUGGAUCUGCAGCCAGUCCAUGGGGAGUGGGGUCCCUGGGGUCCGUAUAGUGUUUGCUCCAGGUCCUGUGGUGGAGGAACAAGGAGCACCAUGAGAGACUGCAACAAGCCUGAGCCCAGAAAUGGCGGUAAGUUCUGUGUGGGUCGCAGGAUGAAGUUCCGCUCUUGCAACACUGAGCCAUGCCCACGAGGACGGAAAGAUUUCCGUGAAGAGCAGUGCUCUCAGUUUGAUGGAAAGCACUUCAACAUCAACGGUCUACCUCCCACCGUCCGCUGGGUCCCCAAGUACAGUGGUAUACUCAUGAAGGAUCGGUGUAAGCUCUUUUGCCGAGUUGCUGGGACUAUGGCGUACUAUCAGCUGAAGGAUCGCGUCAUCGACGGUACACCGUGUGGGCCAGACACUUACGACAUCUGUGUUCAAGGCCUCUGCAGGCAAGCAGGCUGCGACCAUGUACUGAACUCGAAAGCAAGGAAUGACAAGUGCGGAGUGUGUGGCGGGGACAACUCGUCGUGUAAAACUCUGGCAGGAACCUUCAACGAUGCUCAGUAUGGUUACAACACAGUGGUGCGGAUCCCAGCUGGAGCCACCAACAUCGAUAUCAAACAGGUCAGCUACUCUGGAAAGCCAGAAGAUGACAACUACCUCGCUUUAUCUGACAGCCAGUCCAACUUCCUCCUGAAUGGGAACUUUGUGGUGGCCAUGUUCAAAAGGGAAAUUAACUUCAAGGGAACUGUCAUUGAGUACAGCGGCUCAGAUACGAAAGUUGAGCGAAUCAACUGCACUGACCGCAUCGAGGAGGAGCUCAUUCUACAGGUCUUGUGCGUGGGAAACCUCUACAACCCAGAUGUGCGUUACUCCUUCAACAUACCCAUCGAGGAACACAGGGAGCAGUUUGUGUGGGAUCCCUCAGGCUCCUGGCUCGAGUGCAACCGCAUCUGUCAGGGUGAGCGAAGACGAAAGGCAGUUUGUGUGCGCAAGAGUGAUCACCUCGAGGUGUCGGACCAACGCUGUGAACAUUUACCUCGUCCUGUUGCUGUUACUGAGCCCUGCAACACCGACUGUGAAGUCAGGUGGCAUGUUGCCGGAAAGAGUGAAUGUUCAGCUAAAUGUGGCCCGGGCUACCGCAGCCUGGAUGUUCAGUGCAUGAAGUACAGCCUGAUGAAGCGACAGAGUGAGAGGAUGGAGGCGAGCACAUGCGGGGACGUCGCCAAACCUCAGACCAGAGAGCCCUGCCACGGUGACUGUCUGCUCAAGAGCUGGCAGUACAGUGCUUGGUCACAGUGCUCUAAGACAUGUGGACGUGGGAGCCGCAGCAGGGAGUCGUACUGUAUGAACAAUUUGGGACGGCGGCUGGUGGACAGAGAAUGCAGCGAAUACCAGAGAGUUGUCACUGAAACCUGCAAUGACCAACCGUGUCCGAAGUGGACCGUGAGCGAGUGGAGUGAAUGCCUGGUGACUUGUGGCAAAGGGAUGAGGCACCGACAAGUGUCCUGCAGGAUGGGAGCCGGGGAGGAAAAGCUGAGCGAGCACUUGUGUGACUCGUCUAGUAAACCUUCCGCCGUGGGGAGCUGCGAGCUGCCCGAAUGUGCUUCUUGGCAGGUCGGCGUCUGGGGAGCGUGUGCGGUGACCUGUGGCCACGGCUACCAGAUGAGAGCUGUGAGGUGCGUGUCGGGGAACUAUGGCGACACAGUGGAUGACAGAGAGUGCAACGCUGCAGCGAGGCCCAGAGACAGUCAGGACUGUGAGAUGCCAGCAUGUCCGUGGGCGUCUCCAGCACAAAGCACACCUCGUCCUGACAACUCUGCACAGCUCUUGACUCAGUGGAGAUACGGCUCCUGGACUGCGUGCUCGGUGUCCUGUGGUAAGGGGAAGCGAGCGCGUUAUGUCAGCUGCAGAGAUGCCCAGGGAGGAGUGGCUGACGAAUCACACUGCGCCCACCUGCCCCGCCCCCCGGAGUUCUCCGCCUGCUUCAGCCCCUGUGGCCAGUGGCAUGCCGGAGAGUGGUCUCUGUGUUCAGUGACCUGUGGUGCCGGAAGAACCACGCGACAGGUGGUCUGCUCCAACUACCACCAGCCAGUGGACCAGUCUUUCUGUGACCCAGAUGAGAAGCCUGCAACAGAACAGGAGUGUACUGCUGCACCCUGCUCUUCCGUCUACCACCGCCAGCGCAUUAAUGACCAGCCCUACGGAUACCCUCAGGACCCAGGACGUCAUCCCGGGCACAGCAGCUGGAAUGUGCCCUCAGCAGACAACCAGUGGAGGACCGGGCCCUGGGGAGCAUGUUCCAGUACCUGUGCAGGAGGCUUCCAGAGGCGGGUGGUGGUCUGUCAGGAUGCUGAUGGCCGCAGCAACAGCUACUGUGAUGAGCGGGUCAAACCUGCUGAGUCUAAGAGCUGCGACUCAGGGCCCUGUCCUCUGUGGAACUACGGCGUCUGGGGAGAGUGUACCCAAACCUGUGGUGGAGGAAGGAAGACUCGCUUGGUGGUGUGUCAAAGACCCAACGGUCAGAGGCUCAACGACUACAACUGUGACAUCCUGGACAAGCCUCCCGACAUGGAGCAGUGCAACCUGCAGCCCUGUCCAGGCUCUGCCUCCUGGCAUCGUCGACCAUGGAAGCCGUGUUCAGUGAGCUGUGGGCGAGGGACCAAGCAGCGGGAGAUAGCCUGUGUUUAUCAGAACCAAACCAAAAUAGAAGAGGAACACUGCAGUCAUCUGUCUCGGCCGCGGACGCAGAAGGCCUGUCGCGCACGAGGAUGUCCCAGUUGGAAAGCCAACAGGUGGAGGGAGUGUUCUGUCACCUGUGGAGUCGGGGUUCAGAACCGAGACGUUUACUGCAGAUUGAAAGCCACCGGACGAAUCAGCGAAGAUCUAUGUGAUGCUCACUCACGUCCUCCCAUUGUUCGGCCAUGCCAAACUGCAGAAUGUACACAUUACACUUGGGUUACUGGUGACUGGGAAGAAUGCAACGCAACAUGUGGAGAAGGCAUGAGAAGCAGGAAGGUGGGGUGCAUGGGCCCAGGGAUGACACCCGCCCAGGACGAUUACUGUGAGCCAUCGUCCCAGCCUUCAGCACUGCAGCCCUGCAAACAGGCUCCCUGUCACUACAUGUGGAUAACAGGGGAAUGGUCACAGUGCUCUGCCAGCUGCGGUGUUGGCUACCAGCAGCGAAUCGUCUCCUGCUCCAUGAUGCCCUCUUCUCACGUUCAGCGCUCAUAUGCUCAGCCCUCCUUUGCCAGCACCAACUGCCCUGAGCCCCACCCUCCUGGCACCCGGCCGUGCCUCCUCACAGAUUGCCCGUACACGACCUACUGGAAAGUUGGCCCGUGGAGCAAGUGCUCGCAGACCUGUGGGGCAGGAGUGAUGGAGCGCAGAGUGGAGUGUGUGACCUCCAAAGGUCAAACUUCCAAACAUUGCCGUCCGUCAGAGAGACCUGAGUCUCAAGCUGCAUGUCAAGACAGAGAAUGCCAGUUGUUCACCUCCUGCCGAGAAGUCCAGAUGAGGCAGGGUGUGAGGAUAGAUGGGGAAUAUUAUCUCAAAGUCAAGUCCAGGAUCUUACAGAUUUACUGUGCUGAGAUGCAGACUGAUUUCCCAAAGGAGUAUGUGACCUUGCGCAGCGGUCAGACAGACAACUACUCGGAGGUGUACGGCCACAGGUUGCUGAACCCCUUUGAAUGCCCGUAUAACGGCAGCCGGAGGCAAGAUUGCAACUGUAGGAACGACUACUCAGCAGCAGGAUACACGCUCUUCCACAAAGUUCGUCUGGACCUGAGCUCCCUGAGGAUCAUGAUCACAGACCUCCAGUUUUCCCAGACUCCUCUUGGUCGACCUGUGCCCUUUGCCACUGCGGGAGAUUGCUAUAGCGCAGCCAAGUGUCCACAGGGUCAGUUCAGCAUUAAUCUGAUUGGCACUGGCCUCAAAGUGGCUCAGGCCACCAAAUGGACGUCUCAGGGCAACUAUGUUUCUGUCAAAGUCCACAGAUCUGAGGAUGGAACAAGAAUCUACGGUCGCUGUGGUGGCUUUUGUGGGAAGUGCAUUCCCCAGGCUCACAGCGGCCUACUCCUUCAAGUCCACUGAGGGCCAUGCAGAGACCAAACUCCUAAAUAUAUCCUGAAGACGGGAGCCAAGGAACAUGCAAAAGGAAGUGAUUUGCUGGAUCCUGUUGUCAAUCUGUGAGUGUGGUGGAGGAGCUUUUAACAAAUUAUCAUCCUACAGUCACAUCCCCAGUUCCCAAAUGGCAGCUAAAGCAGACGAGACACUAUAUACAGGGCAACACUUCACGACCGCCAGCAGGUCCUUCAUCCAAACUGCUAACUCUGACAAGGAGCCAGCUACAUUCGCUUGCCAGGUGUUUUGCAGUGGCUAUCAAGCACAUCUGCGCUUUGGAAUCUGAAAUGCUUUUUGUUUUUUUCCCUGAAACUGUGCAUUUUUUGCAUCAUAACAAGGCAUGCAGAACUCACUGGGAAAGCAGAUAGACAAAGAGUAGGAACACAGAGUUUUCCUCUCUCUUAGUCUCAUCUAAAAUAAAAUUAAAAAAGCAUAUUCUUAUGGCAACCUGUGAAUUAUAUUCUGUGUGGCAAAAACAAAGUCAGAAUUUAGCUGCCACUGAUCCAGCUAACUUGCAAUCACUGAUCCAGCUAAACUUGCAGAGGAAAUAUAAAGCACGUAUGUACAAUAGAUCUACUGUGAUAAGGAAAUGUUAGACACAGACACUGGAAUGGUACAUAGAUAGUUGUUUUACAGUGUGACUUAUUAAAAAAAAACACUGAGCUUACUGGCUGCUUUGAACAUAUAUGAGAGUGUUCUCAUCUGAAUCUCAGCGCGAAAGUAAAUGUAUUACUCAAAACGUCCAACAGUUUGCUUGCACCGUGAGACUUUGAAAAAGAAGUCAGCAAGUAACUAAGUUCAGAUCCUUCUGACGUGCCUCAUGUCAGAGGUUAAACUUUAGGAGAACAUUAGGAACCUUUAGAACAACCACUGAUAAUUUUUUAUGUUCAUUGUUGUGUAUUUCUAGAGUCUGUCUGCUGUCACCUGAUGUCAGGUAUUUAACAGAACUACUGAAACCCCCAUAGACAGUCCACUGACAGACACUGACUUCAGAAUAAACACUAGCUCUGUAAGGAAAUAGCUGCAGUGCAAGGUUGUUUUUUUUGUUGUUCUUUUUUUGUUUUGUUUUGUUUUUUUUAGAUUUUUACUAGUAUUAUUCUUUAUUGACACCACUCAAGUUCUCAUCUGUUACGCCACGACACAGUAUCGGGUGUGAUGUUUCACCUUACACCCUCCAUUGGGCCUACUGUAGGUG